GUCCAAUUAAAUUUCCAUCCAACCCCCCACACCAAAAUACAUUCCAUUCUCCAAAACCACUUUACACCUCCUCGCGCUUGAUACACGAAAGACACGUCGUCCUCACCCCUGUUUAGAUAUUGAGUCGCGUCCCCUUAUCGUCAUCGAUCUGAGUAUCAUUCAUUGUAGACGAUUGCGCUCAGUGAAUAUUGAAUUGAUCUAGCUCCUUGUUUCAAGGAUCUUACCGUCCUCAGCGACGCGAUUGCCAGUUGACUAGUAUCCAUCGUCGCAACAUCUGGAUAUCGGUCGAUAUCUCUUAUUCUAUGGCAGCGACGAGAAUUAAAUCCAAUCCUCGGCCCCUUGCGACUACAUCAGAAUCAAAACAAAAUCAUCUGCCGCCAAAUCCAUAUUCUACAAAUAACAGCGCCCACGAUCGUGGCCAAGAUUCGACGCGAUCUCGUUCCGAAAUGUCAAUCAGUAUGAGUCAAGGAUCACAGCCUGGUGGUUUAAUGAUGCAACCAGGCGGACCUUUUCGUCAAUACGACUCGACCGGUGCCAUGAAUCGUAGAGAUAUGGCACCCCAAAUCUAUUCGGCCGUGUAUUCGGGUGUCGAUGUCUAUGAAAUGGAAGUUAAUCGUAUAGCUGUUAUGCGGCGGAGAAAAGAUAGCUGGCUUAAUGCUACCCAGAUAUUGAAAGUGGCAGGAAUCGAAAAAGGAAAGCGAACAAAGGUCCUCGAGAAAGAAAUCUUGAUUGGAGAUCAUGAGAAAGUUCAGGGCGGGUACGGCAAAUAUCAAGGAACUUGGAUCAGAUUUGAAAGGGGCGUUGAAUUUUGCAAACAGUACGGCGUGGAAGAACUUCUGCGACCACUUUUAAGCUAUGAUAUGGGCCAAGACGGAGGUAUUGCAGGACAAGGUGGGAUUGAUACUCCAACGAAGGAACAAGCAAUGGCUGCACAAAGAAAAAGACUCUAUAAUUCAGGAACCGAGAAUCGUAAUAUUGGACAAUCCGGAACCUUUUUCAAAAAUAUUUCGAAUCAAGCUUCACUCGCAGUCGCAGCAAUUAGCAAAGCCCGAUUUGAUUCGCCUGUUCCUAGGAAUCGCAAUGGUAGCGCAAGACCUCCUACUUUUAGUAGGCAGUCAUCACAGCAAAUGAGUCAAGAGACUACAUUCCCCAACUCACAACAAAGUAUGCAAAGCUUUGCUUCUAAUGAAGGUUUAACAAAUGGAGAUUCGGCUUAUGCAAAUCAGUCCCAAUUUCAAUUCUCGCAUACUGGUAGAGAGGAUGGAGAUUUCCAAGAGCCGCCACGAAAGAGACGGAGAGAAUCUCUUGAACCACUGAAUGAUAGCCAACAGUCGAUGAAUGGUGGCUACAAUAUGUCAUUACGAGAGCCAUCUCCAACCGAACCUAAUGAUUCAUUUUUCUAUCGUCAAGAGCUAGGCUUAUCACAAGAGGACGAAGCCCCGAUGCCAUUACCACCUCUACCAGAAAAUCAACACAACGGAAAGAAAGGACUGACUCUAUUGUCACUCUUUCAUAACGAGAAUUCUUACUUGGGAACGAAUGAGCAUAAUGACCAGGAGGCGUUUCGUACUAUGUCCGGUGUAGAACUUGAUAUUCCUAUAGACAAAUCUGCCAAUACUGCCGUUCAUUGGGCCGCUACUCUUGCAAGAUUACCUGUUUUACAAAAGCUUAUUCAAUCGGGCGCAAGCAUAUAUCGAGUUAAUCUCAGAGGAGAGACUGCAUUAAUGAGAGCAUGUUGUGUAGCUAACAAUUUGGAUCAAGGAAGUUUCCCAGACCUUCUCGAACUACUCGGCAACACUAUUGGCUUCCAGGAUAAUCGUGGACGAACAGUCCUACAUCAUAUAGCUGUCACAUCGGCUGUCAAAGGUCGCAGCCCUGCGAGCAAAUAUUACCUUGAAUCGCUUCUCGAAUUUGUCGUUAGGAAAGGUCGUUCAUUUAAUGGUCAAUCACAAACCAAUGAGCCAAACCCUCAUGCAAUGGAUAUUGGUCGAUUUAUGUCUGAAAUGGUAAAUGCACAGGACAACUCAGGUGAUACGGCUCUCAAUAUUGCAGCUAGAGUCGGUAACAAAAGUAUUAUCUCUCAACUCAUGGAAGUUGGAGCAGACCCUGAAAUUCAAAACAAUUCCAAGUUACGUCCAUCAGAUUUUAUUGGGGGCCUGACAAACCCUGGAGAUCGUUUAGGUCUUGCAAGUCCUGAUAAGAGAGGAAAUAAAGCCACACGGGAGACUAGUGGUGAAAUUAUUGACUCCAUAAAUGCAACACUCCAAUCAACACUUGAAGACUUUGGAAAAGAAGUAGAAGCCAAACAAGCUCAAAUCGACUCAAUUCAUGCCAAACUUCGCGAAGCAUCUGCAAGCUUGGGAGAAGAACGACGUGCCAUGGAAGCAAAACAAGAGCGCAACAGACAACGUGAAGAACGUGAUCUCAAAAUCGCAAACCUUACUCGAGCCGCAGAAGAAGAAAGUAUGAAAUUACUUCAACUUCAACAACAAUUCAAUCAACCUACUUCAGAUCUAGAUCUCGAAAUGCAUCUUGGUGAUGCAGAUAAAUCUUUGGCGGUUCCACAAAUUCCCGCAGAUAUCAAUAAUACUCCGACGAGAAAUUCAAAUCUUCAAGUAGAUCAUGCGAAUAGACAAGCUUUGUUGCAACAAUUACCUUCGCUACAUAUUCUUCAAGCGAGAAUCAUGGCUUAUAAAGCCAAUAAUGAUAAUUUGGAAAGAAGUGUUCAGGAAUUGAGAAGUAAAGAUACUGGCAGGAUAGCAAAGUAUAAGAAAAUCAUUAGUUUGUGUACGGGUGUGGACGUUUCGAAGGUGGAUAGUGUUAUUGAGGGGUUAGCGAGAGCGGUGGAGAGUGAGAGUGAUGUUGAUCUAAACAGGGUUCGAGAGUUUUUGACAAGGGUUGAGGGGGUUUAAAGGGGGUUCGGUUUCUGAUGGAGAGUUUGACAAGACGAGAGGAAUGUGAUCUGAAAUAAUGUAGGAAGGCGUGGAAAAUGUGCAUAUAUAAUGGUAUUCUGCGGAUUCGGUCUAGUCUGCAUGGUCGGCGUUUGGGUCGGAGGUUCGGUAUACUCAUGUGGAUAUGAUUAUGUUGGGGCAUCGCAUUACUUUGUAUGUGAAUAUUGGGAGGGGAAAGGAGGCUUUUGUUGCAUUCGGAUAGAAUAGUGAUUCCCAUCUGUGCUGUGCUAUAGAUAUAUGGUAGGAAUAGAAUGGGACGGGAUUAGUAGAAGUUAUCACCUAUUUAAUGGAGCUUCUGAGUCCAUUAUUUUUCUCUAGACUUGGUUUCAUUCUUUACACGUUGGUGAGAGUAUACACCUGUUAUGAGAAACUCUCAAGUCAUGAGUCCCUAGUAUUCGAUAGCACGCUUCUGAAUGUGAUCCA